UUAUAUUGCAGUAUGGCCUGGUUCGGAGCAUUUUACUACCACGGUUAUUGCCACAAAUCAAGAGGGCAAAGUGAACGGCAUGGGACUCACACCAAUCUUAACGAACCGGGGUCCUAUUCCUGCGUCUGAGAGUUUUACAGGCAAUAACUGCACAUGCAGAUGAUACAGCGGGGGAAAUGGGGAAGAGUUUUGUAGGUAAAUCGUAAACGUUAGAGGUUGGUUGAUUUGCCAAGACCUCAGCCAAGCAACAAAACAUGACAAGCCUGUCGCGGUUUAGUGGCUGCCCUCUUUCUUGCGUCAACCCUGGGGAGAGCAAUACUGAACCCAGCGUGGUGCUGCCACCUUUGGCAGAGGAGCACAUGGGGCACCCCACUGGCAGUUCCUUAAAACUCUGCCCCUCGCAAAAUUUGCGAGACUACCACGAGACGAGGGCCAGUGCAUUUGUUGACCACUCGGUUACCCAUUUUCCAGACACUGGAUACACCAGUCAUCGCUUAGAACCCAGUCCUAGGGGCAUUAUCAUUGGGACAAAUCUGUCAGCAGCAGGCAUGCCACCAGUAACUGAUCAGCUGGCUCCGAGACCUAACCAACAUGGCAAUAUUGGUAGGUACCGUGACCUCCACAGCUAUAGGGAUGGCAGGAGCCAGGCUUUCUUCAACACGUAUCAAGAGCAGGCCCAUGGCUCGUCAGACGCAACCCGAGAUCUCAGCAGCCAAAUGAUGUUGGGUCUUCCCGGGGAUCUUCUCUCUCGAACGCACCCAUACGGGCAGUCGGUCAGUGGCCCCAGGGCCAACAGCCAGCAGUUAGUCACCCAGUUCUUGGAGUUCUAUAAGCCUCUGAAUAUGGCCAUGCAGCGAGGAGGGGGUGACGCCUUCCUCAGGUGCUCCAGGCAGAACCCAAAGCACGAGCUGGUGUGCAAGUGGAGUGACGGCCAAGAAGGCACUGGCAAGCCGCCCUGCGCCAGGAGUUUUGGAACCAUGUAUGAACUCGUCACCCAUAUGACGGUUGAGCAUGUCGGAGGACCGGAGCACUCCGACUACGUUUGUCACUGGGAGAACUGUUUAAGAGACAGAAAGCCUUUCAAAGCCAAAUACAAGCUCGUCAACCACAUAAGAGUGCACACUGGAGAAAAGCCCUUUCCCUGCCCUUUUCAUGGAUGUGAAAAAGUUUUUGCCAGAUCUGAGAACCUCAAGAUACACAAGAGAACGCAUACAGGUGAGAAACCGUUUAAAUGUGAGUUUGAGGGCUGCAAUCGGAGAUUUGCAAACAGCAGUGACCGGAAGAAGCAUUCUCACGUUCACUCCAGCGAUAAACCCUACACGUGCAAGGUCAGAGGCUGUGAAAAAUGCUACACGCAUCCCAGCUCCUUGCGCAAACACAUGAAACUCCACUGCAAGGCCUACAUCGCCAAAAUCGGCGAAGACGACGAGCACCUUGUAGAGGCCAGGUCUCCUGAGGUAGCGGAACAGCAAGACACGCCCGCCUCUACCACCGUGACGCGAACGAUGACGACUCCCUCCCUGUCUCCAGAGACACGAAAUGAGUCGACUAUGAGGUCACGCUUCCAUCACACCUUUGAAAACAGUUUGGACUAUAUGGCGCACAGGCCACAGUCCCUUUUGGACCCUCUGUUACUACAAAGGGGCAGCUACAGACCAGAGUCUGUACAAUAUUCGUGCAGCCAACCAAGUCAUUCGUUCCCACCUAACCAUAGAACUUUUGCGACCAACUCACCUUUUCAGAAAAGUCUGGUGAAUGGCUGGUACACGUGUCAUAGCGCCGUGGACACAUUUUCACCCAAACACUGUAACAGUGAUAUAUAAUGUCUGUAAUUCGGGCUUGUACUCUGCGUGUUAAAGCAUUGAGGGAUGACAGCUGAAGGGGUCAUCUUCAUGUAAUAUUAUGUCCUACAGGUUUAAAUAUGAGCGUGCAAUUUGUUACUGUGAGCUUUAUCUGUUGUACAUUUAUGUUCUUGUGUUGGUGAAACGUCGGUGACUAAACUGUAAAUAGCUUACUAUAAAAGCAAAGAAAAAAGUUGCCAAAAUAUAAUUCACAUAGAAAAUAUCUACAAACAAAUGGAGUAGAAUUUAUAGGUCGAAAAAAUAAAGUAAGUUAUUUCUGCACAGGAAAAAUAUUAAUGGCGUAGUGUACUAUUAUGAGGUUCUGUAGAGGCAGGGCCUCUGUCAACGUGAUGUAUAAUGGAAAGAAGAGGUUUAUCUCUUGAAAAGUGAUGAUAAAAGUUAGUAACGUUUUUAUUUUUUAUUUUAUUUUAUUUUUUGUAAAUUACAACUUGGAUUUAUGCGUUUUCUGUCACAGUUUAAAUGUUGGUCGAAGAUUAAAAAUAUCGUUUGUUUUGAUGUGUGUGAAGGUGAACCCAUCAUUGAACGAGGCCUUUGACUAAUUAUUUGGAGAUUUUCACACUACACCACCAAUGAGUGAAUUUUAUACCUUAAUACGUUUGUGGCAAUUAUUAUAGACAUCAACCCCCCUUCAUUGUGAAAAUGUUUAAUUAAGAUUCUACUGUGUACUGUACAAUUAAUUAUGCAUUCUAAGUUUCAUUAAAGUAUCUCUAUUCUCUUUGA